ACAUGACCUUUGAACUGAGGCAAGGUAAAUUAUUUCGUGAAAAGGCAUUUCACAAACAACUACGGUAGCCUACUGAGCUACACGUGUUUAGAGAUUUGCGUGCGGUAGUUCUGCUAUUAUUUUUCGCCACUGUGUAUUUCUAUCAUAGAGCUCUUUGGGUAUGGAAGGCGAGGACGGAGACACACACAUGGACGAAAACGAAGUUAGUGAUGUUUAUUUGCCGGGAGAGAGCAUAAAUGACGAUGAACAACUUGUUCAUGACGAGACUUCAUAUGUUGUAUACCACGAAGCACAGACUGGCUCUCCAUGUCUAAGCUUCGACAUAAUACAAGAUGAACUUGGGGACAAUAGGAAUGGCUUUCCAAUCACAAGUUAUGUUGUUUGCGGAACACAAAGCACCCAAAGACCUAAUCACGUGAUUGUAAUGAAAAUGAGCAAUAUGCACCGAACGAAAGAAAGACAGGAUGAAGAAGAUUCUGAUUCAUCAGAUGACGAAGAUGAAGAUCUUGACAGUAAACCAGAACUUGAAACUGCUAUGGUUUUACAUCAUGGAGGAGUUAAUAGAAUCAGGAAUACGAAGUUUGGUGCCACAAAUUUGGCUGCAACAUGGUCUGAGAGAAAUUCUGUUCACAUAUGGGAUCUAAGUAAACAAUUGGCUGCUGUUGAUAAUGCUGGAAUGAUGCAACAGUUUUUGAGAGUUGAUCAGAAAAAAUCUGUUCCCUUGUAUUCUUUUGGCGGCCACUUAGCAGAAGGAUUUGCAAUGGACUGGUCACCUACAGCUGCAGGAACACUUCUCACUGGAGAUUGCCGACACCAUAUUCAUCUCUGGACACCACAAGAGUCUGGAACUUGGCAUGUGGAUCAACGACCUUUCUCUGCACAUACAGAUUCUGUUGAAGACGUUCAAUGGUCUCCAAACGAGAGAAGUGUGUUUGCAUCAUGUUCUGUGGAUAAGACGAUAAGAAUAUGGGAUACAAGAGCAUCGCCAUCCUCUGCCUGUAUGCUAACAAGAACUGCACAUGAAAAAGAUAUAAAUGUAAUCAGUUGGAAUAAAAAAGAACCUUUUAUUGUCAGUGGAGGUGAUGACGCUAUGUUAAAAGUCUGGGAUCUUCGCCAAUUUCAGAAAGGAGACCCUGUUGCCACAUUUAAGCAUCACACUGCAGCUAUAACGUCCGUGGAAUGGCAUCCAAAUGAGAGUAGUAUAUUUGCGGCUGCUGGUGCUGAUAAUCAAGUCACACAAUGGGAUCUUGCUGUUGAGCCCGAUAAUCAAGUCGCAAUGGAAUGCGAGAACAAUGAUUCGGAGCAAAAUAAUAAUAACAAUGAGAAAUUAAAAGACAUUCCACCACAAUUACUCUUUAUUCAUCAAGGACAAACUGAAAUAAAGGAAAUCCAUUGGCACCCGCAGAUUCCGGGUCUUGUAAUAAGUACUGCACUUUCGGGAUUUAAUGUUUUUAAAACUAUAAGUGUAUGAAACUUAUUUUUGAAUUUAAAUUUUUUUUAAUAAAUGAAUUAUAAAAAGG